AUGAACAAUAGCGCUCUAGAAAAUAAUGAUCAGAACAAUGCUUUGAAUCAAGAUAGCGCCGUAGAAAAGACUGCCGAUGGUACUUUUGGGAAUGUUAUAGAUCAAAACAACAUCAAUGAUGUUCCCGAACCCAGUUCUGAGUUGAUCAGAGACAUUUUUGAGAUAAAUAAGAAGUUAAAUGAAGAGAAUCGAGCGCUUAAGACAAAGAUUCAAGAAUUAGAGGGGAAAUUUACCGAAAUGUCUUUGUCUUAUGAAGAGCAGAUAAAUGAACUGACAAAUUCCGCUAUUGACAAGGACUUUGAAAAAGGAAUAUUUGUAGAAAGUGAGAUUCUUGGCAGGCUAGAGCAGGAAAAUAUUCAGCUGAGGAAAACACUAGAAGAGUUCUAUAAAAAGACAUUAAAGGAGUGGUACGAGGAAAUGAGAAUGAAGCAUGGCUGUGAAACGUAA